CACACUUGUACAGAAAGCAUUGUGGUCCUAUAGGGAUUGAUUUAAUCAAUUUUCAAAGAUAGAAAAUGAUUGAAAUAAGAAACCAAGCCGAAAUGAUUGUUUUAGAAUUUAAAACAUGUUGUGUGGGUGGGCAGGUCAAAGCAGAUGGAGUCAACCAGAUUGCCCACUGCUGUCUGCUUUGUUUUAUUGUGCCACAUGUCCUCAAAGAUACUGGAUUUAUUACCUCUUCUUUGUUGAGGCUUCUAUACAGAAAGUAAUUGAGGAGAGAGCUGAGGAGAGGGGACAACAUAACAACUUACAAAUAAGACAGAUGUCCUUAUUACAGAACCGCAAAAUAUUAGCACUACUGUGAUCAACAAACCACCACUUACCAGAUUUAAAGUCGUUUUUUUACUAUGUAUCAACCCAAACUGAGUGUGCUUUGGCUCGAGUUGUGAUUAUUUUGUCAUCAAUAUUUAAUAUUUUUGUCUUAUCAUGCACGGAUCAACCUCACAGCUGUCAUUUUCAUAAACUAACUACUUUGCUGCAGUAUUUCACUGAUUUUAAACACAUCAAAAAUCAGGGAGAAUCUCAGUGUAAAAAUUGAAAAGCCAGUCAGACAAAAGAUCACACUUUUUUGUUUUUGUUUUACUGAUAUUAUUUUAAAAAGCACAAAAACUGGAUAAAAUGUCCAGAAGCCUCUUUUCGUAAGUCUAUUAGUAAAUGUGUCUUUAGUUUGAAGGUCUAAAUACUUACAUUCCUGCUCAGCCCUCAGGGAAGCUACAGCUGAUAUGGACAAUAAUGAGCAUUGGGCAAACCUUUCCUAUCCUUAAUGUAUUAUAAAGCAUUUUUACACUCUUUUCACACACAUGAACAAUAACAUGAGGAAAAUAUUUUUACCUCGGGGUCAUUUUAGCAGAUCUUAGUGGGAGUGGUCCGGCCCCUUUUAGAUAUCUUUGUGAAGUUUUAUUGUCAGGGAGGAGCUGAUGUGAAAGCUGGGGUUGUGGAGCUGUUAGUGGGACCAGUUUUCUCCAGACAGACAAAGGACAGCAGAGACAUUUUGGAUGCACAGAUCUGGAGAUAAUUUAAGAUAGUGUGGAUGACAGAAAUACUAAAUCAUCCAAAGUCCCGCUCAUCUGAACCUUGGAGAAAAUUGAACCUUGGAGAAAAUGACCCGAGGAAAUACUGCAGAGGACAGUGGCUCGGAGCCGGAGCUAUAUUUUACUGCAUAUACAUCUUUCUUUCAAAAGGUCAGAGGGUCAAUGGGGAUGCGGUGGAAAAGCUGAUUAUUCCUGAGGCACAAAGCAGGAUGAAAAGAUCGAUUUGGGUAAACAGGGUUUAAGUGUCGGGGAGAUUCAGCAGAAGGUUAAGGAGUAUAACGCUCAGAUCAACAGUAACCUCUCCAUGAUGGUGAAUAAAGACGGGUUCUACACUGGUUUCAUCAAGGUCCACUUUCAGUUGCUUCGGCCGAUCUCCCUCCCUCCUCCUCAGAGCCCGAUGUGCUCGACAGAAGAUGGAGAUCAGCAGGACAGGCGGAUGAAAAGGCGGACAUCCUUCUACCUCCCCAAAGAUACUGCGAAACACCUGCACAUAAGCUCCCAAACACGGGUACGGGAAGUGAUCGAGGCGCUGCUCAACAAGUUCACUGUGGUGGACAACCCGGCCAAGUUUGCCCUGUUCGAACGCACUGAGAGACAAAGUCAAGUGUACACGCGUAAACUUUCUGAUGAUGUUUGUCCACUCUACCUACGCUUGGUUGCCGGACCCAGUGAGAAAAUCCUGUGUCUGGUUUUGAAAGAAAAUGAGACUGGGGAAGUCAAUUGGGAUGCGUUCAGCUUUCCUGAGUUGUGCAACUUUCUGCGGAUCCUGAAACGAGAAGAAGAAGAGCAUGUCCGGCAGAUUGUGAAGCGUUACGCUCUCGCGAGAGAAAGGACGAAGCAGGCGAUGGCGAGGAUUACUACUCCCGCUUGAAAAGAGCCUUCUGCUACCAUCAUGGAUCAGUAUCGGGGAUCAAUACGAAUAUUUCAAGCAAUGGAAAAGUGAGGGGAAGACCUCCGACAAUGACAUUGUGUAGAAAAAGGGUUGUUUAAGAAGAAGGGAUGCUGCUGUUACAUUUAGUGAGAACCACCUAAAGACACUGCCACUGAUUGUGCGAGUUUAACCACUGUUGUUAACUGUUUUUGAGACUAUUUUUUAAAUUUUGGCACUUUAAUAAACCUGUGAAAUGGAUCUGGAUAAGUUAAAAGUUUCAAUUCUAAUUAUCAAAUAAACUGAUGAUAGUAAAUGAUAGGUCAACUAAUGUUGUUGUUGCAGUGAUUUUAAAUUGUACAUGGUCAUUUAUAUUUUGGGCCCCAGGAUGUUAGGGACACACACCCAGGUCUGAUCAGUAUCUGCCUUAGAAGAGGGUGUCUACAGAGGUACACAACUCAUAAUAAGUCCCUAACGUUUGCUGGUGGUCACUAACAUCUGCUGAUGAUCCCUGAUAUCUGCUGUCAGUUAGUGUAAGACUUUGAAACAUUCAAGGGAUCUUUUCCUAUUUUCUAAAAAUGUAAUAACAGUGUGCACUCUUCAGAGCCGGCUUUUCCACAAGGUAUUUGGAACCUGGCUGCAGUAAUUUACUUUCAGAUGGCCCCAGAUUAAGUGUGAUCAGCCUCUGGUGUUAGAUGUUAAGGUCUGGUUUUACAGUGUGUGUUCAGACUCAUCCUAAAGGUGGUAAAGCUAAGCUGAAGCUGGAUAUGGAUUUAGCUUCGUGCCAGCUGUUUCUAUGUAUGCGGAAGCACCUUAUUGUCUCGAAAGUCAUUGCAUGUUGCGGAAUUAGGAGUUUCAUUAUUUGCAACUAAUGCUAAACCCAAACUAUGAAUAACAGCCCCAGGUAGAUAACAGUAUUUGCUGGCCACAUGAUUUUAAUAAUAUGAAUAAUAACUCUAUUUAUAUAGCACAAUUCAAAACAGCUGUUACAAAGUUACAAAGAGGAAAAAUAAAAACAAGAGUACUGUGA